AUGUUCAAUUCGCUCUCAGGAAAGUAUGAGUCACUCCCGCGAGAGACAGCUACAAUGUCAAAUGUUUUAAAAUGGUAUGCAUGUGGGCCUACUGUGUACGACAGAGCUCACUUAGGUCAUGCUAGAGCUUACGUUAGUCAAGAUAUUAUGCGGCGAGUGGUUGAGCGUACAGGUGGCUAUAAAGUACAGCUAGUUAUGGGUGUGACGGACGUGGAUGAUAAGAUCAUCACACGCGCAAAGGAGCUCAACAUGAAUUUCGAGAUGCUCGCGCGGGAACAGGAGCAUCAAUUUUUCGAGGAUAUGACUAGACUUUAUGUCAAACCACCUACAGUAAUUACAAGAGUGAGUGAACAUAUAUUAGAGAUCGUGGAGUACAUCAAGGAGAUUUUAAAUCGAGGCUUUGCAUAUGAAGCAGUGGAUGGUGUGUACUUUAGUACGCAAGAAUUAGGUCACGAGUACGGAAAAUUGGAUCCACAACGACAACCUGUGCUAUAUGAUUCAGUACCGAUGAAUGCACAAGGUGAUAGAGUGGAAGACGACGAAAAGGUAAAGAGAGAUCCUCGAGAUUUUGCGCUUUGGAAGGCAGCAAAGGAACCAGAUGAACCUGCGUGGCCGUCACCAUGGGGAAUGGGACGUCCUGGUUGGCAUAUCGAGUGUUCGGCAAUGACUCAUCAUGUAUUAGGGACAACUUUGGACGUACACACUGGAGGCGUGGAUCUUCGAUUUCCUCAUCACAAUAACGAGAUCGCACAGUGCGAAGCUCAUAAUUUUGGACAAUUAUCGGAACAAGAUCGACCAUGGUGUAAGCAUUUUGUUCAUUUUGGUCACUUGCAUAUUCGUGGACGGAAAAUGUCCAAGUCACUGAAGAAUUUCAUCUCGGUUCAUGAUUUUCUUACAAAUGGACAUACAGCGGAUCAAUUUCGCGUCUUUUGUCUGCAAUUUAAGUAUCGUGCCAAUUUGAUGUACUCAGAGGAUCGAAUACGCGAUGCGGAGGCAGUAGUAGAACGUAUACGAGGAUUUUUCCAAGCUGUUGUAGCGUAUGGCGAAAGGUCUCAACAUGAUGUUGACACGCAAUGGGUAGAUGAAGCUCUAUUGGACGAUCUUGACACACCACGUGCUCUUGCACUCAUCUUGAAUCUCAUUUCUCAUGGUAAUGCGUAUUUACUGGCUCAACGAGAAGAUUUAGAAGCUCCAGACGAGGUGCUCUUAUCGCUUGUGGACUAUAUUCUUGAAAUGCUGGACUUGUUUGGAUUAGAUGGACUUUACGCAGAGUUUUCAAAUUUGAUACGCAGUCGUUUUGCUACUUAUCGACGAACCAUUAUGAGUCAAGAAGAUCGCGGUAGUAGCUACGAGCACGAGUCUAUUCUUCGCUCUUUGGUUGCGUUUCGAGCUUCGGUGCGUCAGGAAGCGCUUCAGGAUCCUAAACAUCCAAGCAAUGCCCGUAUCCUUGCGUUGUGCGAUGCUUUGCGCAACGAGGAAUUGCCUCGAUCGGGUGUACAGAUCGAGGAUCUUGCACCAGGACGCUCGGUGUAUAAGUUGCUUUCCCAUUCAAAACGACAAGAUUGUCAAGCUGAGUCGAUUGACAAGAGUUUUCAUAUUAAGCAACAAGAAUUUGAACACUUGAUGAAAAUUGCUCCCGCUGAUUUCUUUAAACUCUCACCAGAGUUUACCGAUCGAUUUUUCACGUUCGAUGAGAAAGGAUUUCCAACACAUGAGAAUGAAUUGCCUUUGACAAAAACCCAAAUCAAAAAGCUUGCGAAGAAGUUAAAGAAGCACGAAAAGUCGCAUAAUCAAAUUGAAAGAUUUGAUGAAAUCUCCAACAUUUCAAGCUUCUCGGCUAUUCCGUUGCGUUACAAUCUUCAGACCUACAAGGUCAAAGGAUAUGUAGCACCUGGUGUCAAAGGUACAGCCAAAAACCUACAAAAACGUGACUAUAUCUCUUUCUCUUAA